AUGUUGCUCAACUCAGUUGUCAUUUUGUUUGCCGUCUUUGGCGUCCCAUGUAUCUACGCGAUCCCGAUUGACAACGAUUAUGAUGAGAUACUCAGAGAGUUAGAUGAGAUUUCAGAAGAAAUUGAACAAGUCUACAAACUUCAAGGUGACAUUCAUGGAGUAGUAUCAAUCCAAGCUGAAAACACGUAUAGCGGCAAUUACAAAGGAAAAGUCCAUUUCGGUGAUAUACUUCACCAGACCAACAAUAAGUACAGCGGUGACGUAACUCGCGAUGUCCAAUAUGGAUUAAAUACAAUCCAAAGUGGUAAUAACUACACAGCCAAUAUAGACGGUGAAGUUCAAUAUGGACCUGACGUUCAGCAACAUAACAACCAUUAUAACACCAACGUUGUCGGUGAAGUCAGUUUCGGAGCUACAACUCGUCAAAGUAAUAAUACCUACAACGGAUAUCUAACCGGCAUAAUCAAUAUCGGACUUUCGACAAACCAAACUGGCAAUGCUUAUCUAGGCACGAUAACCGGAAACGUCAGUCACGGAUCGACAACCUCGCAGAUUAAUAACACUCAUCUGGGUACUGUGGAAGGCAAAAUCAAUCAUGGGGCUUUGACCAACCAAGCUGGAAAUCUUUAUACGGAAUAUGUAAAUGGGGAUGUUUCUCUCGGAUCCUCAACCAACCAACUCAAUAAUACCUACGAGAACAGUGAAUCGGGAGAGAUAAACUAUGGUUCUCGUACCAAUCAAAAUAAUAACGAUCAUCGGUAUGAUGUAAAUGGUAUUGUGUAUCACGGAUCUAGGACUGUCGCAUAUAACAAUACAUUCGAUAAUAGUCAAGACGGUACAGUUGACCAUGGAUCUGAUACUCGUCAAGAUAAUAAUUCGUACGAAAAGUCUAGAGCCAAUAAAAAUAUUUUUGGAUCUAUAACAGAUAUACAAGAAAACAAAGACUUAACGACCAGCGAAUCUUCCACGGAGAAUAUUAAAGAAUAG